ACCCUCUAAGACACCCAAAAAUGAAAAUGGCUGUGCAAUUUGUAAUGCGAAUUACUAUUUUAGUUCUGCUGACAUAUGAAUUAGCAGAAGCAGAAGCAGCAGCAGCACCUAUGGCAAAACCCGAUUGUAAUAGUAGUUGUGGAAAUCUUGAAAUUCCAUACCCGUUUGGAAUCGGACCUCAUUGCUACAUGGACAAGUUGUUCGAAGUUGUUUGCAAUGGAACUGGCAGCUCUGCUAAAGCCUUCUUAACUAGUAUUAACAAGGAGGUGCUGCAAAUCAAUAUUAGUAAACGUCCCUCUUGUCCUACGGUUCAGGUCCAAAUGCCAAUCAUAUAUUCGAACAAUUGUAGGAGCUCGGGAAGUGGUGCAGCUUUGAAGAUUUCAGUAAGUCCCUUUAACUUCUCCUCCUAUCAUAACACAUUCAUUUCUGUUGGCUGCGACAACUUUGCAACAAUAACCGGACUUGGUCCUGUGGUUUUUGGGUGCCAAACGCAUUGCAAUAAAAGCAAGAUUGAGGAAAGAACUGGAUGCUCCGGUUUCAACUGCUGCGAGUCAAUCUAUUUCCCUCCAAACCAGCAAGAAUUUCACGUAGAAUUCAGAAGUAUCAAUGAAUCAAAAGCUAGAGAGGAAGAAGCGUGCAAGUAUGCUUUCCUAGUGGACCAAAAUUGGUUGAAGUCAAAGAAACCAGAUCCCUCUCAUGUGCAAUAUUGGGAAACCGUUCCCGUGGUGCUGGAAUGGGCGAUAUCAAAGCGGACCACUAAGGGACGGAACAUGUAUGAAUCACUCCAUAAACGACGCCAUGUCACGUGUUCUUCCACAGAAUAUUGCAGCGACAGCUUUACUUGCUUCUGUGCCAACGGAGACAAUGGAAAUCCUUACCUUCCCGGGGGAUGUCAGGCUAUAAAUGAAUGCGACUCCAAGAAUGCAGAAGGCAGUUUCAGGUGCAACUUACGAAAAUCUCCACUGAUGAUAGCCAUUAUAGGUAUGUUCUAUUUCUAUUUUAUUUGUUUGAUGUAUGCAGUUAUUUGUCCAAGUUUUGGGCUAUUGUUUCUACUCCUCAUUAUUUGGUGGUUAUACAAAUUGAUAAAGAAAAGAAACGAAAUCAAGCUCAAGCAAAAAUUCUUCAAAAGGAAUGGUGGUUUGUUAUUACAACGACAAUUAUCUUCAAAUGAAAACAACAUUCAGAAGGCAAAAUUAUUCGAUUCAGAGGAGUUGAAAAAUGCAACUGAUCAUUUUAAUGAAAAUAGAAUACUUGGUAAAGGUGGACAAGGUACAGUUUAUAAAGGAAUGUUAAUUGAUGGAAGAAUUGUGGCAAUUAAAAAGUGCAACACAGUGGAUGAGGGAAAUCUUGAACAAUUCAUUAAUGAGAAUAUCAUUCUUUCACAAAUCAAUCAUAGAAAUGUGGUUAAAUUACUCGGGUGUUGUCUAGAGACGGAAGUUCCUUUGUUAGUUUAUGAAUUCAUUCCCAACGGCACACUUUUUCAGUAUCUCCACAAAGAAAAUGAAGAUUUUCCAUUGUUAACAUGGGAUAUGCGCUUAAGAAUUGCCACAGAAAUCGCAGGAGCUCUAUCUUACUUACACUCAGCAACUUCACUACCCAUUUACCAUCGAGACAUAAAAUCUUCAAACAUACUCCUUGAUGAGAAAUAUAGAGCAAAAGUAGCAGACUUUGGCACUUCAAGAUCAGUGGACAUUGACCAAACUCAUGUAACCACACUAAUAUAUGGCACUUUUGGGUAUUUGGAUCCAGAAUACUUUCAAACAAGUCAAUUUACAGAAAAUAGUGAUGUUUAUAGUUUUGGAGUAGUCCUUAUUGAGCUUUUAACUGGAGAAAAACCAGUUUCUUUGAUGAGAUCACAAGAAGAUCGGAAUCUAUCUACAUAUUUUGUUCAUUCGUUAAAAGAGAAGCACCUCUUUGAUAUACUUGAUGCUCAAGUAAGUAAGGUUUGUAAUAAAGAUGAAGUCGUAGCAAUUGCUAACCUUGCAAAAAGAUGUGUGCACUCGCAAGGAAAGAAACGACCUACAAUGAUGGAGAUCAUGAUGGAAUUAGAGGGAGUUCAAAAAGUUUCUCCUGUUCAACCAAAUUUUGAAGAACUUGAAUAUGCUAGAAAUGAAGAAAUGCGGCCACAGAAUGACAUUUCAAUUUCAACAAGUUCAUGCUUAGAAUUAAGUUCAGCUUCAUCAUCGAACGUCCUGCCACUUUUAUCCAUCUAA